GGGCACAUGGAAAUACGGCAGAGGAAAUGCUGCAUCACCAUCGAAAACUCCGUCAGCAGCGUUCUUCUUACCGGUGGUGAUCUCCCCACCAAUCACCAACAAAUCUCCGGCGCCAUGUGAAGGUUCCACCUUAACACCUCUGCUCCUUCACUUCCUUUUACUUACUCCUCUGUUUUAGAUCUCGCUCUAUAUAGGGAUUUGGGGAGAACUCAUGCUCUCAGCCGAUAGAGGACGAAACCUGAUGUGUGUUGAUGAGGACAUCGAGACAAGCCUAACACUAGCUGAUGAAGAGCCGAUCAACAUACCCACCAUGAGACAUGCACCAAGGACAAGGUCAGGUACUAAGAGUCUAAGAGAGGAGUUCAACAAGUCAAUAGAAGGGCUGAUCACACUUAUAGAGCACGAGGAACUCAAAGAGGAGCUACUCAAAGGGGAGAUCACCCGAGAGACACCAAUGGACGUGGGAGACACGGCCGGUUCAAGCCAAGACCUUCAAGAACCAAAGAAAGUCAAGGAGACACCGAGCAAUGACUACUCUCAACUUAAGUUUCAAGCCAUAUCAUUCCUACCUGUUUUACAAGGCAUCAAGGAUGCUACUACGUUUAUCAUCUCCAAGCAAGUGGAAAUACCACUCAUCAAACCAAUGUAAGUAUUUACAAUUGGAUUAUAUCUCACGAGCUUAUUGUUUUUUUUGCAGGAGCUUUUCUUUGCCUUAGUCGUUUUCCUUAGUUUUUAGAACUUUUCCAUUUUGUUGCUUUAGUUAAACAAUGAGUUUUGUAGUUUCCUUUUCUGUAUUUUUCGGCCAGGAGAAGCCACCCCGCUGUCGAACCAUUAUAUAAGGUUCCUUCUCAGCAUGUAAACU